AUGAGCAUCAAAUGCGAUUCUACAUGGGCUGCCUGCCCGUCGACAACCCGUGGGCAGCCAACCCAGCUCUCAUCCGACCCAAAAGGUGAACGGCUGGCCUACGCGUCCAACAGGUCCAUAUUCCUUCGCUCGAUAGACAACCCUUCGGUUUCAACUCAGUACACAGCCCACACUGCAGAGACGACUGUUGCCCGAUUUUCACCCUCCGGAUACUACGUUGCUAGUGGAGACGCAUCUGGUAUUGUGCGUGUGUGGGACUGCGUCGGAGAGGGUGUUACAAAAGGAGAAUAUUCCAUUGUGAGCGGGAGAAUCAACGACCUGGCCUGGGAUGGCGAUUCGCAGCGCAUAAUUGCAGUCGGUAAAGGUAACCAGCGAUUUGGUCACUGCAUAACGGCGGAUAGCGGCAAUACUGUUGGUGAAAUAACGGGGCAUAGUCAGGUCAUCAACUCUGUGUCAAUCAGGCAGCAGAGGCCGUUACGCGCUGCAACAGCUGGAGACGACAGGACCUUAGUGUUUUACCAUGGUGCUCCAUUUAAAUACAAUACCGGAAUCCGGGAGAAGCAUAACAAUUUCAUCUACGGGGUUGCGUUUAGCCCGAACGGCGACAACCUAGUUAGUGUAGGUGGUGACAGGAGGAUUUGGCUCUAUGAUGGGAAGACCGGAGAGGUCAAAGGCCAGGUUGGGGAAGGUGAGCAUAAGGGCAGCAUUUUCGGUGUUUCCUGGUCAAGUGAUUCUCGAAGAUUUGUCACUGCCAGCGCAGACCGAACAGUUAAGCUCUGGGACGUCGAACAGGGCAAGGUGGUCCAGAAUUGGACCCUCGGAGAGGAUGGUGCUGCUGGCGUAGCAGACCAACAGGUUGGAGUCGUAUGGCCUAGUGGAAGAACAGACGGUUUGACCAUAAGCUUGUCACUCUCGGGGACUCUUAAUUAUCUGGUUGAAGGGACCGACAAGCCAACAAGACGAGUGGAGGGCCAUCAGAAGAACAUAACCACAUUAUCCUCUCGCGAGUCAUGCCCAAGUGAUACGUUCUGGACUGGUAGUUAUGAUGGAAGAGUCUGCCAGUGGAAUAUAUCAGAUGGAUCGGCACAAACAGCAAAAGGGCCAGGACACAACAGCUACAUUGCGGGAUUUUCGGCUACUAGCGAGGGAAGCUCGGGACAAAUGUACAGCGUUGGGUGGGAUGAUAAGCUAAGAUCAAUUGAUCUGGAGUCAAACGCUUAUGGCGAGCUUGAUACCAAACUCACUGCACAGCCAAAGGGCAUUGCUACAGCGGGGGAAUUUAUCCUCGCCGCCAGUUCUGAUUGUGUUGAGAUAUUUUCUAAGGGGCAACUCACUGGAAAAUUCGACUCUAAAUCACAAAUAACUGCCGUUGCUGCUACUGGUUCUUCAGUAGCGAUUGGUGGUGAAGAUGCUUCAAUUCGGAUUGGCAAACUCGACGGCAAUGGUACCGGAAUCAGCAUUAACGUCGAGACCAAACUGUUGAGGAACCGAAUUACCGCAUUAGCCUUUUCCUCUGAUGAAUCCAUCCUAGCCGCCGGCGAUUCGAGCGGUAGAAUCAUUGUCUACAAGACCACAGAUGGUAGCAAAGUUACCGACCGUUGGACGGCCCACACCAGCCGAAUCACCUCUCUUUCAUGGAACAAGGAAGCUACUCAUCUAGUGAGCGGAUCCCUGGACACUAAUAUCUUUGUAUGGAACUUUGCUCGCCCUGGCGAGAGACUACAGAUGAAGAACGCUCACCAGGAAGGUGUCAAUGUUGUUACUUGGAUAGCCGAUGGGUCUAAGGUUGCAUCUGGGGGCGCUGACGGUUCUGUAAAGACCUGGAAGGUUGAGCUUGCGAAGUAA